GCACCCAUCACACAUGUCGCGCUCGCCUCGCGCAGCGCGCACCGAGGAGGACGCCCCGCCCACGGACUGGCUGGCCGAGCUGCCGCACGAGCUGCACCUCCGCAUCCUCGAGGGCGUCGACGACUUCUCCGACUGCGCCGCCUUCAGCCUCGCGUCGCCGCGCCUCGGCCUCGCGCUUCGCAGCGGCCUGGCGCGCUUCGAGGACCCGCUCUUCGCCGUGGCGAUGCGGCUGCUGCUCAUCGAGCGCUUCGCCGCAUCGUUGGGGUCGUCGAUCAUGGACACGCUAAGCGAGGCCACCCUCCGCAAAUACACCGCCGACCGCCGCGCCAACGCCGACCACUUCCCAUGGCUUGCGAGGGUGAGCCCGGCGCUCCGCCUCACGUCGGAAGUGGAGGGCGCUGAGGUCUGGAGGCUGCGGCGCGGCGAAGUGAAUGACGCGAAGCUGCGGAUGCGUCUCUUGCGGAGCGGCCAGGUGCAACAUUUCGAGGGCGAGCGAGGCGCGGAGCGGUUGGUGCGCCUGAAGUUUGCCAGCGGCCAGGUGCAGCACUUCGAGGGCGACGCAGGCGCGGAGAGGAAGGUGCGAACGGUGUUUGCCGAUGGCGCCGUGGCGCACUACGAGGGUGAGAAAGGUGCGGAGCGGGUGGUCCGCGUGGUGUGUGCCAGCGGCAGCGUGCAGUACUACGAGGACGAGCGAGGCGCGGAGCGGCUGGUGCGCAAAGAGUUUUCCAGCGGCGAGGUGAAGCAUUUCGAGGGCGAGCGAGGAGCGGAGCGGAAGGUGCGCGCUGAGCUUGCCAACGGCCAGGUGCAUCACUACGAGGGCGAGCAAGGCGCAGAGCGGAAAGUGCGCACGGAGUUUGCCAGCGGCACCGUGAAGUACUACGAGGGCGAGAAAGGCGCGGAGAGGAAGGUGCGCACGGUGCCUGCCGAUGGCCAGGUGCAGUACUGUGAGGGCCAGUGAGGCGAGGAGCGGAAGGUACGCAUUGACUUUUGUUCCUUCCUUCCGCGCACCUUUCUUCCGCGCACCUUUCUUCUUCUUCUCGGAAGGGC